AUGGCGAACGCUCGUACCCCAAGACAGCAGUCUCACCCAAAGCUCCGAGUCGCAGGGUCUUCCCUUGCGGCAGCCACCAACCAACCACUGACAAAACUCUCAACCAGACUCGAUCACCUCAACGCUGGCCGGACCCGAAUCGAAUGGCUCAGCCAGCUCAACACCGAGUACCAACCUUCCAAGGAGUACCGCCGCACCUCGAUCAUCGGCACCAUCGGCCCCAAGACCAACUCUGCUGAGAAGAUCAACGCCCUGCGCAAGGUCGGCCUCAAUGUCGUGCGCAUGAACUUCUCCCACGGCUCGUACGAGUACCAUCAGUCGGUCAUUGACCAUGCCCGCGAGGCCGAGAGGACACAGCCCGGCAGGCCUCUGGCUAUUGCCCUCGACACCAAGGGCCCCGAGAUUCGCACAGGCAACACGGUGGGCGAUGCCGACAUUCCCAUCAAGGCUGGCACCAUCAUGAACAUCACCACCGACGAACAAUACGCCACCGCGAGCGACGACAAGAACAUGUUUGUCGACUACAAGAACAUCACCAAGGUCAUUGAGCCUGGCCGAACAAUCUACGUGGACGAUGGUGUCCUGUCGUUCGAAGUGCUCGAGAUUGUCGACGAGCAGACGCUCAAGUGCAAGUGUGUUAACAACGGCAAGAUCUCCUCCAAGAAGGGCGUCAAUCUGCCCAAGACCGACAUCGAUCUGCCCCCACUAUCGGAAAAGGACAAGGCCGAUCUGAGAUUCGGUGUCAAGAACGGUGUCGACAUGGUCUUCGCUUCCUUCAUCCGCCGCGGGAGCGACAUCACUGCCAUCCGCGAGGUGCUCGGAGAGGAUGGCAAGGAUAUCCAGAUCAUCGCCAAGGUCGAGAAUCAGCAAGGUGUGAACAACUUCGACGAGAUUCUGAGGGAAACCGACGGUGUCAUGGUCGCUCGUGGUGACCUCGGUAUCGAGAUUCCUCCCAGCCAGGUCUUCAUCGCACAGAAGAUGAUGAUCACCAAGUGCAACAUUGCCGGCAAGCCCGUCAUUUGCGCAACCCAGAUGCUCGAGUCCAUGACAUACAACCCGCGCCCUACUCGCGCUGAAGUGUCCGACGUCGGAAACGCCGUCCUCGAUGGCGCCGACUGUGUCAUGUUGUCUGGUGAGACGGCAAAGGGCGACUAUCCCGUAGAGGCCGUUACCAUGAUGCACGAGACAUGUCUUCUUGCUGAAGUCGCUAUCCCCUAUGUCAAUGCCUUUGACGAGCUCAGGAAACUGGCGCCUUUCCCAUGUCCGACCUCCGAGACUUGCGCCAUGGCUGCUGUCAGCGCCAGUCUGGAGCAGAACGCGGGAGCCAUCUUGGUCUUGACAACCAGUGGUACCACUGCUCGCCUUGUGUCCAAGUACCGCCCUGUGUGCCCGAUUAUCAUGGUCACUCGUAACGCAACCGCCUCCCGAUACUCGCAUCUGUACCGCGGCGUAUACCCAUUCUAUUUCCCCGAGAAGAAGCCAGACUUCAAGUCUGAGCCAUGGCAGGAGGAUGUCGACCGUCGCUUAAAGUGGGGUAUCAUGAAUGCCAUCAAGCUCGGUGUUCUCAGCAAGGGCGAUCCAGUUGUCUGCGUGCAGGGCUGGAGGGGUGGAAUGGGUCACACUAACACCCUCCGCAUCGUCCCGGCCCAGGAGGAUCUCGGCCUGGACACGGAGGCAUAA